AUGUUGCGUCGAGUUAACUUUUACUCAAUAUGUAUCGCGUUCGGGCUCAGUGUUCUAUUAAUUCUUGCUGGAAGUCGGUAUACAGAUAAUACUUAUUACCGUCCAUCCCCUGAAAGUCACAGAAUUAUUGAAAUUAAUAUACCACAACAAACUCCCACUAAUCCCGAUGAUAGCUCUUUGAAUAUUGCUACAAUCAUGGAAAAAACACGAUAUAAAAUUAAAAUUGAAUUAGAAAACUAUAACUUUACAGUCUCGAGUGUGAAAAGGCUUGAAGACUUAAUAAUGGAGUCCGGUGGACAACCUUUAAGAAGCAUAAUUAUAUCUACUUGGAGAUCAGGAACCACAUUUUUGGGGGAGGUGCUUAAUUCUGUACCUGGAAAUUACUAUCACUAUGAACCUCUACUAAAUUAUGAAAUUAUACAAAUUAGAGGUUCUCCAUAUUCAGAUAAAGCCUUAGAGACAGUCACUAAAAUGUUGAAAUGUGAUUAUAAUGGUAUGGAUGAGUAUUUUGAGUAUGGUAAAACACAUUUACACCAAUUCAGUCAUAAUACAAGAUUGUGGGACCACUGUAAAUAUAGGAAGGAAUUGUGUUUAGAUGCUGACUUCACCUCAAAGUUUUGUAAACUCUUUCCUUUUCAAAGUAUGAAAAUAGUUAGAGUCAGGUUACACCUUAUACAACAGUUACUGGAGAACAAAGAGCUUAAUAUUAAAGUGGUCUUAUUGAUCCGAGAUCCUCGUGGAGUGAUGCAGUCCAGACAGCACCGUAACUUUUGCCAACCAUCUCCUGAUUGUUGGAAACCAGAGUUGUUAUGUGCUGAUAUGAUCAGUGAUUAUGUUGCAGCUAGCCGGUUAAUAAAGCUUUAUCCUGACAGAAUUAUAGUACAGCGGUAUGAAGAGUUAGCAUUAGAUCCAAACAGUACCGUGCCUAGUCUUCUAAAGUUCCUAGGAAUCAGUCCAACAACAUCUGUUGAAGAGUUUCUUCUCUCACAUACUAAUGUUGAAGUGUCUGGUGUCAGUUCCACGUUCAGGGUGUCCCGCGAAGUGCCUUUCAAAUGGAGAAAUGUUUUAAAUUACAACUUUGUUGAGGAUAUACAGUUGGUAUGCAAAGAAGCGUUAGACCUUUGGGGAUACAAGCUGGUGCACAAUGCAACGCAUAUGAUCAGUAAGGACUUUAAUCCCUUGGCAAAUUACACAUUGAUGCAGUAA